UCAUCACUUCCGAUUAACUUCCGGGUUAAGAAACGUACAGUCUGCUGGCUCAUGUGACGAAAGACAACAACCGUGCUUUGUUUAAGAAAUAUAAAUAUGGCGAGGUAAUAAACAGCCAGAAUUCAGUGACAGUGUUCUGUAGCAGAGUACCAUGGUCCCUUCAGACUUUAAGGCGCAGAUCCAGAGGUUUUAUCAUCUUCAGUCUGAGCGGAUAGAGACGUAUCGGCUCUUUGAAGAAGGACACGAGGCCUACUUGAGGACAGGGCCCCAUUAUGAUUUUGACCACUACAAACAACUGGUCCAUGAGAUAACACAGGCCUUCAACGGCAUUUCCAAGGAAGUGCUGGAGAUCAAAGGGAGGCUGCACCACGACUUUGACCGACCAGACCUUUCUGAGCACAUUGAAAAGCUGCAGAGCAAAGAGAAGCAGAAACUUGAACUGACCGCCAAGCUGCAGCUGGUAAGGCAGCAGGCCCAGGAUCACCCAGAGGACGAAAGCUGUCAAGAAAAGAUUCAGGAGAUCAAGCAUGAGAUCAUCAAGAACAAAGAGGCUUUGAGUGAGAUCAUGCAGGACUUUAAGUAUGAUUCUGAGGAAUGUGAUUGACAACUGACUCCCAGGAGGCCAGCUCCAGCCCUCUUACUUUAGGACACUGUGGAGCUGACGGGUCAGCUCCGCCUUGCUGCAACUUCCAGCUCUGACUUUUUCACUGCUCUCAUUGAUCCGCCUUUGGCUCCACCCUGCUUACUGCUGCAGUCUUAUUCCACCCAUGGGGCCUCUCACAAUCUGGCUGUGUGUUUCUACGUCAUGUGUUUGCAUUACUGCACUGCUCAGC